AUGGCCGGUUUUAACCCACGAAGUAAGACAUGUUUUAUUAUGUUGUUCUCUUUACUGUCUGCGGUUGGCGAUUGAAAGAUCUGAAAAAAUGCAUAUGGCCCAUAUAUGCAUUUUAUAUCGUCAAAAGUUUUGACGAUAUAAAUUUCCUUGCCUGAAUUCAGGGAUUUUCAAGAUUCACUUCCACACAGUCGAUCAUUUGUGUGUGUGUACAGAUUUCAGAGUAGACAAGCAUACAUGCGCUCUUAGCUUUUAUCUGCGAACGAGUUCAAUUCGAUUCAACCGUGAAAGAAAGAGCUACGUGUUUCGUAAUUCGCACGAAAUAGUUUUCAUGUACGGUAAUUCGCGAUUGGUGUUAUUGGUUUGUCUUGAAUCUCAAUUCAAGUUCAUAAAUCGAUUACUUUGCAACAAUCUACUGAGACAUUAGUCAGAAUUACGUUUGUUUCUGCAUGUGCGUCGGUUGGGAACAGCGCGACCAAUUUGUAGUUCUCAAAAUCACUCGAAACCUCGGGUUUCCCCUGACUUAUUUAUUGCUUUUAUAUUUUUAUUCUUGGCUUUAGUCAGAAAUCGUAACUAUAUAUAAUCAAAACUUCAGAGAAGAAUUUGCGAUUCGCACAAUCCAGAAAUUCAGAUUUCACAUUACAAUUGCUCAACUUCCGCUUUUUAUUAGGACGUGUGUCUUUUUCAAAGUCAAUUCCUCUUCCGAGAUUGAUAAGAUCUAUGGAAUGCACAAACCAUUUCAUUCUUGUUGUCUCACUAACUUCCUAACUGUUGCCGAAUUUACCGUCAAAAGUAAAGAGUAAAACUAUGACAUCAUGUGAAGAACUGCGCGACAUGAUCCCCCCUGAUAUUUUAAUAACGUUUUCAGUCACGCGAAUGCUCCAGUUUGCGUCUCUUUCGCCAAACCAAUUGCUACUUUCUGUCGUUGUCGGUUUUUUUUAGAAAUACAUUAUACUCGUGACUUGUUUUAUCUUCGGAUUUCCAAGUUUAAGCCCCCCCCUCUUCGUCCCUGCAUCCUUUUCGAGAUAGACGGCUCAAAAACUUAUAGAGGUGGGGGUUGCGAACUACAAAAAAAAAACAAAACAAAAAAAAAAAAAAAAUAUAUAUAUAUAUAUAUAUUGUUUGGGAAAAGCUUGCAAAACAAAAGUACGCUUAACCAUGCACGAGCCACUCAGAGAGGCGAGAGGGAAAAAAGGAAGGGGAGAAUUUAGGGAGCAGGGGGGAGGGGGGGAGGGGGUAAAAAAUCCUACCGUGACAUAUGGAUACAUUGUAAUGCUACUAAUGCUUCCAACCUUUCCUCAUAGCUUGAAUCGUGAACGAUCAUCAUAUUAAUAUUGUUAUUUUGCAAAAGCAGGCAGAAUGGAGGUGUUCAAGACAGGCAAACCAGAGGAUAAAGAACUUCUCAGCCUGGCUCAUGAAAUUGUGUUAAUCUGGAGACCACUUGGUGUAAUUUUAGGCCUAACAAAUGCAACUUUGGAUGUAAUUGACCAAGACAGUCCUAAAGUGCUGAAUAAAUCGUAUGACAUGCUGAUAAAGUGGAGGGAGUCACUUGGAUCUGAGGCGACUUAUAAAAACUUAGCAGAGGGGUUAGAUCACAAAAUUAUUGGAAGGCAUGACUUAGUAGAGAAAUACUGUCAUGAAAGUGGUAAGUAA